ACAUUUUAUAAACUGAGCAAGUUGUCCUGGUGUACUUUGUUCUUUGAGAAAACAAAUCCUAGUUUUCACCACACAGCUUUAGUGAUCAUGUCUUGGUAUGGACGUUCUCUGUUUGGAGGCGGCAGCCGCACCGCUGGUGGAGUUGCAUCAGUUGCCAAUGCCAAGGAACUGAGCAAAGCAAGCUACGCCUCGGAAUCUAAUCAAGUGAGCCGGCCUGUCAUGAUUGAUGCUGAGGGAAGGAAAAUGCCAGUCAUCGUGUGCACUUCCAACCAAAGUGAGCAGAGCUAUCUGGUUGAAACAAUAGAGCCUAUCCGCACACCUUUGGUCUCAGAAUAUACACAUGGCUCACCACCAAAGGCUGAUCCGGUGAAAAACUAUGGGAACGGAUAUAGCCCCCCAACAAAGGCAGAGCCAGUGGAAGAUUACGUACGUGAUGAUGACAACCAGCGGAGGCAUUCGAGUCCUGCUCGUGAUCGCCCUCGAGAAGUUGAGGUCUUCCUCAACAAAGUCCAGACUGAAGCUAUGCGUAGGCCAAGUCGUUCAGCAUGGGCGCCUGCAACACCAAGAAAUGAUACCAAACUCGACACACCUACAUCUGAUAUUGCCACAGCCAUGGAGAAUUUGAAGGAAGGGGCAAGGGGUUUAUCUGUCACCAAUGUGCCUCCACAGUCCCGGUACAAUAUACCACUCUCAACAGGGCCAAAAAGAGAUACCUAUUCAGACACCAUUGACAGCAGUGUAAGGCGGUAUGGCAACUUGAAUAUAUCAUCUCGGCCGCGAACCACUGGUGACACUUACGACAGUAGAGAGGCUGCUAAGAGGUAUGGCGGUGCAAGUAUUGCUUGAAAGCCUCAAGUCAAUGCUUCCCUGCACACUUUUACUUUAGGUCUACGGGGUUACCUGAAAUUAAUUAAAGAGGAUUUAUAUCCACGAAUCUACAGCUUGAAUCUUCUCAGUUCAGUGCUUCCUGGGAAGUUUGAUCGGCUACUUAUCUUAACGUCAUUUAUCUGAUAUUGUACUAAGGUUUUAUAGAAAUCAUAUAUGCAAUAAACUUCAGUGGUAUUGAUUUA